AUGGAGCACCCUACAGCACCGCAUCAGCCGCCCAGGCAGUACGUUGAGAAUCAAGGAUAUGUGGGAGACAGGACAGCUAUGCCAGGCAGUGCACACGACCACACCGUCUCUCAAGAAGCUCUAGAUGAAUUCGACCAAGAUGAAGACUACGAUGACCUAUUCGAACCAUCCGAAGACGAACUAUCAGAGACGGAGAUAUCUUCAGCAAACCCUGGCGACUACACGAAAGCAUACAACCGACAGAGAAAAAUGAAUGACAAUUCGAUACCUGAAUCACAAAAGCCAAAGACGAACCCACAGCUCAACACCAGAGCAGCAAUAGACGACCAGAUUAAGAGUUUAGCAAAGCAUACCUCGAAGCUCAGAAUGACGGAUUUAGAGGCUGGAGUGGCUUCCAAACAGCAGCGAGGCGCAGAGAAGAGCGAUCGCGCGACUUCGGAACAAGUGCUCGACCCGAGGACGAAGAUGAUUCUUCUUCAGAUGCUGAAUCGUAAUAUUGUCUCGGAGAUAAAUGGUGUGCUGAGUACAGGCAAGGAGGCGAAUGUCUACCAUGCUGCAACAAUACCGCAAGAAGAAGUCGAGGACGAGGCAUCGGCAAUGAAGCUGAACAGGGCAGUCAAAAUAUACAAGACCAGCAUAUUGGUAUUCAAAGACAGAGAUAAGUACGUCUCUGGCGACCACAGGUUCAACAAGGGCUACAACAGGAGCUCUAAUCGAGCUAUGGUCAAAGUUUGGGCUGAGAAGGAAUUCCGUAAUCUGAAGAUUCUCCAUGCUGCUGGAAUUCCUUGCCCGGAACCUGUCUAUCUGAAAGCACACGUCUUGGUUAUGAGCUUCAUCGGAAGUUCUCGAGGCUUACCCGCUCCCCGACUACGAGAUGUCAAGUUCGACGAGUCAAUUGAUGCGGCAUCAAAAUGGCACACGAUCUACCUGGAUAUGAUGAGCUACAUGCGAAAAAUCUACCAGCAAUGUCGACUUGUUCACGCCGACUUGUCAGAGUACAACACUCUGUACUACAAGGAUCGGUUGUACGUGAUUGAUGUAUCGCAAAGCGUCGAGCAUGAUCACCCGCGAUCGCUAGAGUUCCUGCGCAUGGAUAUCAAGAAUGUCAGUGACUUUUUCAAGCGCAAGGGUGUGGAUGCACUAUCAGAACGAGUGGCCUUUGGCUUUGUGACUGGAAACACAGGAGGUAAGGAUAUAGACGAGAUGAAAGAGAGUCUUGAAAAGCUGCUCGAAGCAAAGGCGCAAGCUGGAGAUGAGGAGGACGAAGAGGACGAAGUCUUCAGACAGCAGUACAUCCCACAAACUCUACGCGAAGUGUACGACAUCGAACGUGAUGGAGAGAAGCUGAAGCGUGGCGAGGGAGAAGAUUUGCCUUAUCAAGAGCUACUGGCGAAUGGCGCAUCGAAGUCAAAUAUCGAGGACGAUGCUAAUGGGGACGACGUGGACAGUGACGAGUCGAGCGCAGAAGAAAGUGACGGUGGAGAGCGGACUUUCGAGGACAAGAAACCUAGGGGAAAGCGGUUCGAAGAUAAGGAAGAAAAGAAAGCACACAAGCAGGCUGUGAAGGAGGAGAAGCGCGAGAAGAGGAAGGAGAAGAUGCCCAAACAUCUCAAGAAAAAGCUUGUCAACCAAGGCUCACGUGGCAAGCAUUAG